AUGUCUGGACUUCAUGACGAUGAGGCAGGAUGUGAUGAAGCCAUUGCUUACUGGUUGUCCCGCUAUGACUCGCAGAGAGACCUUGCUCGCUUCGCUCUGGACAUGUUUGCCAUCUCACCUAUGUCGGAUGAGUGCGAACGUCUUUUUAGUAGUGCCAAGCUUACUGUUCUUGAUCGCCGUGGCAGGCUGAAGGCUGAUAUUAUUGAGGCGUGUGAGUGUCUAAGGGCCUGGUUUGGAAAGCCAGAGGUUGAGAACGAUAGUGAGAGCGAGGACGGUAGGAAUGACGACGAUAGAUUCAGCGUAUCGCAGAUGUAA